AUGGCAAAUGAGCUUCCAUACGGCAAAGAAAUCGACAUUUGGGGCCUGGGUAUUGUUGCCAUGGAGUUGUUCCAAGGAUAUCCACCAUUACGGGUUGCUGACUGCAUGCAAUGCUUUGUGAGCAUGGCUAAGUCUGGCUACACCAUAAUGAAUAAUGAGGCUGCAUCCAGGGCUUCAGAAGACUUGAUAAACUUCUUGUACAACGGAACAUUGAAAUAUAAUCCUGCAGAUCGAUUAUCUGCUGACGAGCUGCUCACCCAUCCUUUUAUUUCGACACAUGAGCAUUGGAGUAGAUGCUGUGACUGUCUGUCAUCAUUUAUGAAAUAUGUGCUGGAGGUACAAAAGCUCAGAUUAGAUGAUGCUGGUUGA